AUGGCGAUUAUCUCUGAGAUGGAGGAGGCGAGACCCUCGAUGGUGCCUUUCACCGCAAGUUUUGAUCCUUCAAACCCAAUAGCGUUUUUGGAGAAAGUUCUUGAUGUUAUCGGGAAAGAGAGCAAUUUUCUGAAGAAAGACACGGCUGAGAAGGAGAUCGUGGCUGCUGUUAUGGCUGCGAAGCAGAGGUUGAGGGAAGCGGAGAAGAAGAAGUUGGAGAAGGAGAGUGUUAAGUCCAUGGAGGUUGAGAAGCCAAAGAAAGAUAGCUUGAAGCCCACGGAGCUGGAGAAGCCGAAGGAGGAGAGCUUGAUGGCGACUGAUCCCAUGGAGAUUGAGAAGCCUAAAGAGGAGAAAGAAUCGGGUCCCAUCGUUCCUAACAAAGGCAAUGGGCUUGAUUUUGAGAAAUACUCAUGGGGACAGAAUCUCCAAGAGGUCACAAUUAACAUUCCAAUGCCGGAAGGCACUAAAUCAAGGUCUGUUACCUGUGAAAUCAAGAAGAACCGUCUCAAAGUUGGUCUCAAAGGGCAAGACCUAAUCGUCGAUGGAGAAUUCUUCAAUUCUGUCAAGCCUGACGACUGCUUCUGGAAUAUCGAGGAUCAAAAGAUGAUAUCGGUGCUCUUGACAAAGCAAGACCAGAUGGAGUGGUGGAAGUAUUGUGUGAAGGGAGAACCUGAGAUAGACACUCAGAAAGUUGAACCAGAGACCAGCAAACUUGGUGAUCUCGACCCUGAAACUCGCGCAUCCGUUGAGAAGAUGAUGUUUGAUCAAAGGCAGAAGCAGAUGGGACUACCAAGGAGUGAUGAGAUAGAGAAGAAAGAUAUGCUCAAGAAGUUCAUGGCUCAGAAUCCUGGGAUGGACUUCUCUAAUGCAAAGUUUAACUGAUGAUCUUUAUCCAACUCUUCUUCGUUUAAGGCCCUGUUUGUUUGUCCAUCCA